AUGGCCCAGCCAAUCGAGGUGCCGGGGGAGACAAACCCAUUGACGCAUCACAAUGUCGUGGAUGCGCUGGUCUUGGCUGCAAGUUCUACUCAGCAGCAAGUGCAAACGGGCACAAAACAGCUGCAACACUGGGAAAAGCAGGGGAUGUUCCAUGGGAUGCUUCAGGACGUCUUUUUAGAUCGCUCUCUUCCAGUCGACGUUCGAUAUAUCGCCAUCAUUCAACUCAAACACGGCAUCGAUCGCUACUGGCGCAAGACGGCAACGAAUGCGAUCGCCAAAGAGGAGAAGAUCCAGAUCAAGACCAGAGCCUUAGAAGCAGGUGUAGAGGAGCCUGCCCGUCAGCUGGCUCUCCAGAAUGCGUUGAUGAUUGCGAAAAUAUUGCGUUAUGAGUUUCCCCAUGAUUGGCCUGAUGCAAUGACUUCCAUUAUUUCCUUGCUCCGAUCAUCAACUCAGCCAGGCGCAAACCCUUUACAACUUCCUCGAACCCUCCUCAUCCUGCUACAAGUCAUCAAAGAGCUCUCCACCGCGCGAAUCCAACGAACCCGUGUGCAUCUGCAGUCGGUAUCACCGGAGAUUUUCCAGGUUUUGGGAAGAAUAUAUAUGGACAAAGUCAACGAGUGGGUGGCUGCACUAGACCAGGGCAGUUCAGAUCCAGCAUCAUUGCUUGAGAUUAUUGAACAAAGUCUCGUUUCACUCAAAGUACUCCGGCGUUUAAUCAUUUCUGGUUUUGAGCACCCAGGCCGUGAUCAAGAUGUACAGAAAUUCUGGGACUUGACUAGUACUCAUUUCAGCAAGUUCUUUUCUUUUGUGGAUGGUUCGCUUCAAUUACCAGAGGCCCUGCACGCUGCGAUUGAGAAGCACCUUCUUCAGCUGUCGAAGCUCCAUGUCGAAAUGGCGAGAACCCAUCCUGCAUCCUUUGCACACUUUGAAAACAGCAUCACACUCGUCAACUCAUAUUGGUCACUAGUUGUCAAGCUCAGUGAAAACUAUGUUAGCCUUGGCGCUGAUUCUGACACUGAAGGACAAUCUCUAUUUGAGAAGGCCGGUCUCAAAGCCUUGCUUUUGAUCCGAGCAUGUGCAAAAAUGGCGUUCAAUCCGGUGCAAACAUUCAAAUAUCAAACACCCCAAGAUAAAGAAGAGCGCAAGCAAGCGGUUGAGCGAAUAAAAUCCCAGUUGUUUACCCAUGACUUCGUGGUGAAUGUUAUGGAACUUCUUGUGACCCAAUUUUUCAGGUUCCGUAAUGUUGAUUUCGAGGAAUGGGAGGCCGAUCCCGAAACAUGGGAAAAGAAAGAGGAGCAGAGUGCAGAGGCUUGGGAAUUUUCCAUCCGCUCCUGCUCUGAGAAACUGUUCCUUGACCUUGUAAUCCAUUUCAAAGAUCUUCUUAUCCCUCGAUUGUUGAAUGUUUUUUAUUCUUUCGCAACUAUCGAAAAUCGCAAUGUGGUGCUGAAAGACUCGCUGUAUUCAGCUGUUGGCCUAGCUGCUGCUAGUCUCGAGCAGCACUUGGAUUUCAACGCUUUUCUAGAAAGAACCAUGGUCCCUGAGGUACAGAUUCAAGACCAAGAAUACAGGCUCUUGAGACGGCGGAUUGCCUUUGUGAUUGGCCAAUGGGUCCCUGUUAAACCUGGCGAGGUGAAUCGAAAUGCCAUUUACCAAAUUUUCCAACAUCUUCUUAAUAAAGAAGAUCCACUCAAUGACUUGGUUGUUCGCAUCACAGCUGGUCGUCAGCUUCGCAAUGUGCUUGAACCAUACGAGUUCUCUCCUGCCGAUUUCAUGCCAUUUGCCCAGUCGAUCCUGGGAAGUCUUAUGUCUCUCGUUCAGGAGGUUGAAUCAUCGGAAACAAAGAUGGGUCUUCUAGAAACCGUACGCGUGGCGGUUGUUAAAAUGGAAAACCAGAUCGGCCCCUUUUCUGAUCAAAUCCUUUCUCUGCUUCCGCCGCUGUGGGAAGAGUCUGGAGAGGAACAUCUUAUGAAACAGGCAAUUUUGACAUUACUUUCGUCCCUGAUUGUUUCUUUGAAGCAGGAGUCUGCGAGAUAUCAUUCGCUUAUACUCCCGCUCAUCCAGAGCUCUGUUCACCCUGAUUCUGAAACUUUGGUGUACUUGCUAGAUGAAGCACUCGAGCUUUGGACUGCUAUCAUUAUGCAAACACCUAGUCCUGCAUCUCCGGAGAUUCUUUCUCUGCUUCCCUCGGUUCUUCCGAUCCUUGAGCAAGGAACUGAUAGUGCUCCUCAGGGACUGCAGAUUAUUGAGUCUUAUAUUUUGCUUGCCCCACAAGCUGUUCUCAGCGAUGAGUUUCGACUCCCUCUCCUAGCCGCCUUGGAACAACUCCUUUCAUACACCACCAGACAACGCAGUGGUGUUGUUGCCCGAUUAGUAGACAUGAUGAUCCGCGGCGCUCAGACCGUUGACGGUGGAAGCGAAGCAAGCUAUAGUGCCAUCUCACGAUCACUGAUAGACAGCUCGUUUCUCCAGUCCCUUCUUGAGGGUCUCUUCACAGCCCAUGAAGCGAGUCAAACUACCGGACCUAACCGCAAAACUUCCUACGUUGUCGGUGUUGUGGAAACUGAUUAUUACUCUGUACUUGCUCGUCUUGCCCUCGCCAACCCCACCAUAUUUGCUUCAGCCGUCGCGGCUGCGACCAACACAACUCAAGAACAGACCCUCUCCUGGCUUGUUACUGAGUGGUUCUCGCAUUAUGAUAACAUCGGUAGCGUGAACCAGAAGAAGCUGCAUGCGCUUGCCCUCACCCAAUUACUUGCCCUCCAAGGCCCAUCAGCCAAUCUCUCACAACCUGCUCCUCCGCCAUCUUACAUCCUCAACCACUUGCAAUCUUACCUUAACGUGUGGACCGACAUCAUAAUCGAACUUGCUGAAGGUGGCUCCGACCAGAAUGCCGAUUACCUUGUCUGCUGGAAUGCUCCCGCAGGCUCUGCAACUGCCCAGCCUGAGGCCCAGGAGGCUGAAGAUCCUGAGACCACUCGCCGCCGUGAGUGGGACAACGCAGAUCCCAUUCAUCGUUUCCCAAUCAGAGACUUCGUGCGACAUCGCCUCCAUGAACUGAUCGUUGCGUGUGGAGGUGCGCAGCGAUUCCAAGAGGAAUGGCUUGUUAAUGUGGACACGCAAGUCGUCUCUGCAUUCGGUGCGUUGGGUUUGAUCUAA